AUGGCGAAAGUGCUGACGAACAGGUUGAAGCUUAUCCUUCCACAUGUUAUUUCUCCUCCUCAAAGUGUGUUUGUUCUGGGGCGAUUAAUUUCUGAUAAUUACUUGGUAGCUGCUGAAGUGGCUCAUUAUAUGCAUAAACGGUCCUCAGGAGUCCAUGGUUUUAUGGCAUUGAAGUUAGACAUUAGCAAGGCAUACGAUCGUGUGGAAUGGAAGUUUCUCGAGGCUAUGAUGCAUCGCAUGGGGUUUUCGAAUAGGUGGAUCCGUACGAUCAUGUUGUGUAUUACAACGGUGACUUACUCUUUUAAGUUGAAUGGAGACUCGGUGGGUUAUAUGCAUCCUGAAAGAGAGGGGUUCUCGGCAUUAUUAACAAAGGCAGAACUAGAUGGAGAUUUACAGGGGAUAAAGGUUUGCCGGGCGGCUCCUAGUAUCCACCAUCUGUUUUUUGCUGGUGAUAGCUUUCUCUUUGCCCGAGUAUUAAUUCUGAAGUUGAAGAAGGAAACUUUCACGUGUGUCAAAGAUAUGGUAUGGAAAAAGUUACAAAGUUGGCGAGGUGGACUCCUAAGUAGUACGGGUCGUGAGCUAUUGGUGAAGACGGUGGCUCAGGCUUUACCUCUGUACUCUAUGCAAUGUUUUCUUCUUCCCAAAUCAUUUUGUGAAGAAUUGAAUGUGAUGAUAGCUAAGUUUUGGUGGAGUGGGGACCCGGGUAAAAGGAAAAGACAUUGGCUUAACUGGAGGUACUUGUGUGAGCCCAAGCACGAGGGAGGCCUUGGAUUUAGAGACCUUUAUGCAUUUAAUCAGGCUUUGUUGGCUAAGCAAGCUUGGCGCUUUCUUCAUGAUCCAGAGUCUCUUGUAUUCCUGUCUUCAAAGCUCGUUAUUUCCCUACGGUUGAUUUUCUUGAUGCGAGGGUGA